AUGCUAUCAUUCUUUAAGGAGCCCGUAUCCAUUAUAUAUCACCACAUUAUAUGGUUAAAUUUAUGUAUUCAUCGUCCACUCAUGAUCACUGUAGAAGGACCCAGAGGCGAUAGUACAUAUAUGAUUUUACCACCAACACCACAUCAUCACGCGAAAACUUAUGCUGGAAUGUUAGUUGCAUACUUUAUGGAUAAUUGUAUGGAAUAUGUAGGUAGUUUAUUAGGUCAAUAUAUGUAUUAUGGACCUCCUGUGGUGAUACAAUUAGAUGAUGGAUUAAUUCAAAAGGACAACCCGGAUAAACAAGACAAACCUCCUUAUGAACAGGAACAAAAUAAAAUCAAUAAAGAUAAAAAUCGAUCAAAAGUUGAUAUCAGAGAUGAGAGUGAUGUGAGAAAUAAAUUCGAUGACAUGAGAAAUUAUGGCACGGUCAAGGGACAAGAUCUUGAACAAAUUGAGCAAAGUUUCGAAUCUAAAGAUCUUUCUACACAAAUAUUUGAGCAAGGAAGUAUUAAAGAGGAAGAAAUUUAUCAAGAGGAUCAAGGGGAAAGAAGUUUGGAUGACAGUGGAAUUGAUAUUGGAGACUAUUUACCUAAAUCAGUUGAUGAAAAUGAAAAAAAUCGAGACAGUGAUUUUGAUGAAUUGAUAACGACUACAGAGAUAUUGGAUCCUGAAGCAAUUCAAUUUAUUGAAAAUGAUAAUUACUUCUUGCUUGAAACAGUUGAUAAAGAUUCAGAUAUUGGCGAAAUAGGCGAAGAGAAUAUCAGAUAUUUCGACGACGAUGACGAUGAUGAAGAUUUACAUCAUCUAAGUAAUGAACUAGAAUCACCUAAAAGUGGUACAGACGAUGAUCCAAUCGCUUUUGAAUCUCGCGUAUCCAACGAUCGGAUUAUUCCGGUUGAAGGUAAAAUAUGUGAAUUUUCAAUCUCAAUUGUUGGGUUUGUUCAGCAUUUUGAAUUUGAUGUUCAAGUGAUAUUCAAUUCACACACGUUGCGGCGAAAAAAUACACAUGGUUCAAACCGAUUUAAUAAUUGA